CUUCAGUAACAUUUUCCCUUCAAUAAAUUAUUUAUAAGGCUCACACCAAAAUAAUCAAUGCCAUACUCAAAUAUUUUUGUCAUGUACAUAUGUAUUUUACAAGAUUCGUUAUAGUUCUUUGUUUGAUUAAAAAAAAGAUGACCCAGUUUUUAUGGAUCUUUGGAUGACAUGCCUGAACCUGUAAUGUUUUCAGUUUUAACAGGACAUUACGUUAUUUCACGACGCCGGCGUACUAGCAAAAUAAAAGAAAUGCAGUUGACUAUAGAUACGUAACAGAAUCAGCUACUUAAUUGCUCAUAAAAUAUGGGAACUCUUUAUGAAUGUUUGAAAGAGGCAAGAUUAGAAAAAUAUUAUCCCACCCUAAGAGUGAAUGGGAUUACAAAAUCUGAAGCAUUAGCACGACUUACACCACAAGACUGUGCAGCCAUAGGUAUAACAUCCCAUGAUGACAGACGACGCUUAGUUGAACUUAUCAAUAUUAUUAAAUCAGUCCAUACAACAGAGCCAUCUAAUUUGUCUGCUUCAAGACCAAAUAGUCACAACCCAUCACCAAGAAAACGUAACAGAAGUCCUUUGGUUUCAGGUAAUCGUGGGAGGGGUGAUCAAGCAUUGCAUGCUGUGAGCGAUGUCAGAGUUCAUGAACGACCAAUAAACCCUCCGAGUCAAACCAGUCAUGCAGAACUUUUAAGGUUAUUAGAUAGCUCAGAAUCUGAGUCUUCAUCAGAUACCUCUGAUCAUUCAGACUAUGAACCAGCAACAAAACAUUUAAACGCUGCAUCAUCACCCCCGAGAGUCAGGAGAUCGGUUGUCAACCGUAUCAAACAAAAGGGAUAUAAUUAUGGUGUUCCAUCAAAUGCACCAAGUACGCCAACAAGUAGUAAAAGUAGAUCUAGAACUAGUCAUUCUAGUGCUUUAGAAAGGAUUAAAGUUUGUGUAAGGAAAAGACCGAGAAAUAAACGUGAAAUAAAGAAUACAGAUGAUGACAUUGCUAAAGCUGAAAGUGACACAACAUUGACUGUUAAUGAACCUAAAUCAGCUGUUGAUCUGAGAGCAUACACACUGCAGCAUGAGUUUAUUUUUGAUGAAGUAUUCAAUGAGAAAUGUUCAAAUGAAGAUGUUUACAUAAGGGCCACCAGACCUCUUAUUAAUUGUGUAUUUGAAGGUGGGACAGCCUCAUGUUUUGCCUAUGGUCAGACAGGAGCAGGUAAAACUCAUACAAUGAUGGGGAACCAGGAGAUACCAGGUCAAUAUUUACUGGCAGCUCAUGAUAUCUACUCAAUUAUAGACUCCAAACAAUAUGGAUCAGGUCUUAAAGUCUGGGUCAGCUUCUUUGAAAUCUACUGUGGACAGCUCUUUGAUCUCCUCAAUAAAAGAAACAGAUUACAAGCCAGGGAAGAUGGUUCAAACAGAGUCUGUAUAGCAGGACUAACAGAAACAGAAUGUAAAGAUGUUCAAGCAUUAAUGCAGGUAAUAGAUUACGGCAACAAUGCUCGUAGUAAAGGUGCUACUGGAGUCAAUCCUGACUCUUCAAGAUCUCACGCUGUUCUACAGCUCGAAGUACGCAACUCAUCAGACAAAAGAGUUGGAAGAAUAUCAUUUAUUGAUUUGGCUGGUAGUGAGAGAGCUUCAGAUGUUACAGAUACAGACAGACAGACACGUCUUGAAGGGGCAGAAAUCAACCAAAGCUUAUUAGCUCUAAAAGAAUGUAUUCGUUCCAUAGACCAAGAAAGUAAACAUAAACCAUUUAGACAAAGUAAACUGACACAUAUACUGAAGGAAUCAUUUACAGGGAAUUCUAAAACCUGCAUGAUAGCGAAUAUAUCUCCAACAAAGUCAUCAUGUGAACAUACCCUUAAUACACUCAGAUAUGCUGACAGAGUCAAAGAACUGCGUAAACAAGGUAUCCCAGCAGGAUCCAGAGCCUCUGUUUCUAGUUCUCUACUGUUAAAUAUUCCUCCAUCUGGAGGAGGACCAUCAGUUUUUCAUCCAAACAAUAUUCUUUGCUCCUCUACUCCGGUGAGACAUAAGACUACCAGGCACACAGGUAGUCACAGAGGAGCAGAAAGGGGAUCAGAGAGAGACAAUCGAGGUCCAGAAAGGGAUUUUCAUCCGGACCCUAAUGAAACCCCUAUAAAAGGACUAGGUGUUAAGAGAAAAACUGUUAAUAAAAGUACUGUCAAACCUGCUCAACCUAAACCAACCCCAAGUGUUCCAACCAGAACUUCUGUAGUACGACAUGUGGCUCGUAGUUCUUCAUCUCAAAGUGAAUCAGAUCAUGUUGAUUCAGAUUCAUGUAAUAUAGACACAAAUGCUAAAACUGUAAAACCAGCCACAGCAAGUGGCCAAAAUGUUCCCGUAAUAAAAUCUACUGAUACUGAAAAUGAUUUUCCCACAACUGAUUUCAACAACGAGGAAGAAUUGAAUGAUUUAAACAGAAGUAGUGGUAAAUAUGGAACUCUUCCUGUAUCUAGAGCUAACAAUCCUACAGGAGGAUCAGCACUCAAACUGUCGACUGCUGGACAUCCACUUCCUGUUGUGGAUUGGAGUUCACAUGGGGCAAUACCUAAACAUACUGGUUCCCAGUCUUCACAAGUGUCGUCUUCAUCUGCUGCUCCAGUGUUACGACAGAAAUUAUAUAAAGAUCCAGGUGAACAAGAGACAAACGAACCAUAUGUAUCUAAUGACUUGUCACAAAAGAAGCCUGGGAAUCAUAUAGCUCCAGCAGGUAAUAAUCUGUCACAACCUAAAACUAACACAAAAUCAGUGCUAUCUUCUACUGAAGUUACAACGCCUCGUCUCUCAGAUUCUUCCCCCCAGCAUCAUAAUCAGUUUCAGCCUGUAUUGUCAGAAAGUUUUGAGGAUGACAUGUUAUUUGAUAAACCUUCAUUUCAAUCCAGCGUAUCUCAGAGAAUGCAAAGGACUCCAUCCAAUGGUGAUAAUGGGCUGAACAAUUUGGGUUUAAGUCGUGGACGAGAAGUUCAGUUAAAAACUCCCCAGGACCCAUCAGUGCAUCCUAUUUUACCUGCAGUCAUGCCAGCUAAAAGCAGUGACUUGACCACAUUUUCACAAAGGUCUCCAGCAAGAUUUAAAAGUCAUUUUGAACAACCAGAAUUGGAACCCCCGCCGUUUCACCUGGCACUAGUAAAUCCUACUGAGAGUCGUCCAAAACUCGCUAGAACACCACCCCUGAUCUUGACACAAUCUCAUGCAGAGUCACAAGGAUUUCAUCGUCCAAAUGUUGACAUUUCUUCUAUUUUAGAAGGCGUCAACGAACAUAGGAGAAUGCAGCUUGAUAUGGAGACACAAAAAUCACACAGAGAGCAUAAUUAUCAACCUGAGAGGAAAAACUCAAGACCUGAUAGAAAUGAGUCUCCAUCAGAGCAGCUUCCUUUAGAUAUAUCUCCUUUAUCAACCAAUCAGUGGUACCAGACUCCUGCUGAUUUUGCCGUUCAUAUAGCUACCUCAAUUCAAAAGUCUGUUAAUAUCAGUACUGAUCAACAUAGUGACCAAGAAGAUACACAAAAACCUGAAAGAAACAAUAAUAAGUAUGACAAGUAUAAUUUUGCUCCUUCAGAGGAAAAUUCCCCAUCCUAUCGACCAGUUGCACAAGAAUUUGAAGAAACAGGACUUAAAGCUGUUGAGGAUAAUUUAUCCGAAUUUUUACCAAUUCAGAAAAGGCCUGGGAACCAUGAUAAACCAGCUCAAUCACUAAGUGUGGCACACAGAGAUGUUGCCAGCCGUUUAAAAUCAGCAUUUUCUAAAAACGAACCUAAUAGUUCAAGGUCAAAACCAGCACAAAAUAAUUUAUCAGGGCAUAGUGACAGUGGACUUGCUACUACAGUAUCCAGUGAUAACACACAUAUUGGGUCUCCCAAAAUGUUAAAUAAUAAUCAUUCUAAACAAAAAUCUAAGGAAAACAGUGCCUUAAGUGACUCAGAUAUAUAUAAACAUGCUAGGGACUCAUUACAUCAUGUUAAAAAAGGAAGGCAGCCAAGGUCAAAGUCUCCAGUGAGUGAUAGAAGUACAGGGUCUACAGGGUCCAGAACUCCUGUCAGUCAGAGAAAUAUGUAUUCCCCAGUUAGCCAGAGAACUGUGCAUUCUCCCGUUAACCAGAGAAACAUGUAUUCUCCUGUCAACCAGAGAAAUGUGAAUUCACCAGUGGGGAGCUCGCGCUCAAUAAAUAAUGUUAUUAAGACUGAGAAAUUAAACAUUGGUUCUGCAUUUUCUCCUAUACAUCCACAACCUGUGACCACAAGUGCUUUAUCUAAAACAACUGUUGGACAUUCACACAAGGACAUAGUUCAUCCAAAACCAGUAUUGUCGCCUACUUCUUCUGACCCGAGGUCAGUUGACACAGAAUCUACCAGUUUGAGACAAAGAUUAAUCUCAUCACAUGAAGAUCAACUGGCAUCUGUAACAUCACUCUGUAAACAAGAAAUGAAACUUCUACUUGGUGCUAAAGCUGGACAAAAGACAUUUGAUGAAUAUAUUAUGCGAGUAAGUGGAAUACUUAGUCAGAAGAUGUCAGCUAUUCGUUUACUGCAGGAACAAAUUGAUGGUUAUGUAGCAUCCAAACUUCAAGAUGAAGAGAUCAGCUAAUCUUUGAUUCUCAAGGUUAAAAAGAAGAACAGCAACAAACAUAUAGUUUCUCAAGGUGGACAGAUGGCAAAGAAGAACAGCAACAGAUACAUAGUUAUUUUAUAGAAAAUGUUCGACUAGAAAAAGCACAUUUUUUGUUUGUUACUUAAGAAACUUAUUACAUAAAGAGUGUUAUUUUUAAGUUUAAAAUAUUUGAAAUAGGCUAGGAUUGACAAUUCUAUCAUUUUUGUGUCAUUUUUACUUGAGAAAUACAUUCAUUUGAUUUAGUAAAACCAGAUCAAAUGAUCAUAUUAUAAAUAUUUUUAGGUAUUUUUUCUACAUUGUAGUUGUAUAAGCCAAUGGUUGUCAAUGUUUUUGUACUAAUAACAUUCCAGUUACAUCUGUGAUAGACCAAC